GACCAACACAUGUCAGUCGGCUGUCAGUCGCUCUCUCUUCACCUGGCCUAAAUUUGACAAUUAUUAUUCUAAUCAACCUAUUUUAUAACUAACUAAUUUGAGUACAACUUUAACGAGCUUAUCAUUGUAUAAAACUGACUGGAUUAUAUACAUAUACAAAGGCCGGUUAAGAAGCUUUAUUUAAUGUGACAAAGUUUGCGAGAAAGUUACCGUUUGCUUUCACAUCUUUUACAACAACAAUAGAAUUGUGAAGUAUUAAGAUAAUAAGCCAACGCUGAAAAUGGAUGCGGCAUCUGAAGUCACUGAAGUGACAAAUAGUGCAGCUAUUACAAAAAUGACAUACGAGCCAAUAAAGUCGUUUGAGGAAUUGAUGCACUACGGGGGCGAAAUAAUCACGACUUGUGAUAAUGGGAACGACGUUAGAGACUCCUCCAGCGAGCUGACUCUGCCAUUGGAACAAGACGCCAUGAAUAUUGUUAGCAGACAACGCGUCAUCCCAUGUCCCGAAAGAACAGUGCCACUCAAUCGAAAUUUUAGCAAUGUCAAAGUUACCCUGGAUGGAAGGCACGUCAAGUCUGCGGAAUGUCCCAAGACUUUGGUUUGUCAUGAUUUCAAAGGUGGAUACGGGGAUGACAGAUUUGUGGACGGAACCGAUAACCAUGAAAAUUAUAUUUUUCGACACUGGCUUCAUACUGACGUUUUCGUUUACUUCUCACAUCACUUUUUGACGAUCCCCCCUAUUGGUUGGAUAAAUGCGGCACAUCAACAUGGGGUCAAAAUCUUGGGAACAAUUAUAACCGAGUGGACUGAUGGGGUGAAACUAUGUAAUGAAAUACUACGGGAUUCUGUAACCAUUGAUAAAGUUGUGGAUAACUUGACCCUUGUCGCUAAGGAUUAUGGGUUUGAAGGAUAUCUAGUCAAUAUUGAGAACGAGCUUGCAGAAACUCAAGUGCCAUUGAUGUUGGAGUUUGUUGAAAAACUGACAAAGUCUUUGAAACACGUAUCACCAGAUAAUCUAGUGAUUUGGUAUGACUCUGUGACUAUUGAAGGGAAAUUAAAAUGGCAAGAUUGCUUGAACGAUUUGAACAAACCCUUUUUCCUUGCUUGCGAUGGAAUUUAUCUAAACUACAAUUGGGACGACGAGAAGCUGAAUCAUUCCGUGGAGAAAGCAGGAGAAAGAAGGUUCGAUGUAUACGUUGGAGUAGACGUAUUUGGAAGGGGCUGCUAUGGAGGUGGAGGGACAAAUACAUGUCUUGCUGUCGAAAAGGCUCAUAGUCAUCAACUUUCAUACGCCAUAUUCGCUCCAGGUUGGACCUUUGAAUGUCAUCCGUACGAAUCUUUUCAGCAACUUGACGAUGCUUUGUGGAUGCCGUGUUAUCCAUACUUUUACUUUCGUUGUCUAAAGGAUGAAUUUUACCCAACUGACCGAUUUGAGCUUCUUUCUCCGGGUAGUGAUGCUACUUGCAAUAAAUUCAAAGUAUUAUUUUCUUCAAAUUUUUCAAUGGGAUAUGGAACCAAAUGGUAUGAAUUUGGACAGGAACCUGUAUGCAAAUCAUGGUUCGACUUGAGUCGACAAGCAUUUCAACCAGUAUUAUGGCUUUCAAAUAAUUCGAAUCUUAUUUUGACCUCCUCAACCUCGUUAGAAGACAGCAAAUCAGACAAAGUAUCUUACGAUAUGACCACGGGUUUCUCUGGUGGUGGAUCCCUUAGAAUAUGCAAUUUGAAAAGAAGUCCCAACUACGUGAAUCCAUUCAAAUUCUGUCCCAUCUGGUUCCCACUACAAAUUCCAUUGUCUUCCAAACGCAUGUCAAUCGCAGUACUGGCCGCCUGGAAAUCUGUGUCAGUUGAUCACCAAUUGCAAAUUUACUUGGAAGUUGUUCAAAAGAAUUUGCAAAUAAAAAAAAUUCUGCUCGGCAGUGUCGACAACUUAGCAGAUUCAGUGGGAGGAAAAUAUUACAUCCAUCUGAAAUUGAGCCAUUUUUUUCAAGAGUAUAAUGGAAACUCGUCUACGUCUUCAUUGACGUCUGCUGGGAUUUCUAAAGGGACGGAAGUCGAGUUCUUUUUCCGAAAAAAUAAUUACGACGAGAAAGAAAUAAAUGGAUGGAGAAUGUCGUGCUUCCUCUUUGAUUUGGAUGAAACGCAAAUAAACAAGUAUGUUUGGAUAAACUCUAUAAAAGUUGGUGCUGAAGGGGACAUAUCGCUUGGAUUUCUAAGUCUUGCACAAAUUAUACACUAUUCGGAUCUCGAGUGAUACUAAUUAGUCAUAACGCCAAACUAUGAAAUUAAUCGGUACGAUUCCGUUAUUAUAUUGUAUUUAUUUAUUAUAGUUAACUUUUUUCGUUUGUUCAUCCCGUUGAACAUCUCGAAUGCGAGAAUUUAAAUACGAUUAAUGAAUAAUUUACGAUAAACAAUCAGAAAAAAUUAUUUGUUUAAUAAUUCUUCAGUUAAA